AUAAUUGAAGUAAUUAAUCUUGACAUGUGCUUAUUAAAUUAAUUAUUUAUGAUUUGUGAUGACAAUGGAAACUGAAAACACUUUCAUUCGAGAACUAGAUUUAGAUUUACAGAAAGAAACGGUUUUAAAACUUCAUCAAAAAAUAGAAGGCGAUGUUAGUUGUGUUGUAUGGGAUGCAGCUAUAAUCUUGGCAAAAUAUUUGGAAAAAUUAUAUCAAAGCAACCAUGACUUUUUUAAAAAGUUGAAAAUUAUUGAAUUGGGCGCAGGGGUUGGUUGUGUAGGCCUUACAGCUGCUUGUUUAGGAGGCACCGUAACUUUGACGGACUUACCAGAGGCCGUACCACUCUUAAAAUUAAAUGUGGAGACAAAUAAAUCAUGUUGGGAACAAGUUCAUGGCUAUGCAGAUGUAUCUACCUUGGUUUGGGGAGAAGAGGUUGAAUUAAAAUGGUUUCCAGAUCUCAUUUUAUUGGCUGAUUGCAUUUAUUACAAAGAGUCUAUAGAUCCAUUAUUCAAAACUUUAAAAGAACUUGUAGGGUCACAUACAGAAAUUUUGCUCUGCCAAGAAAUUAGAGAUACAGCAAAGCAGAGAGAAUGUUGGGAGCUUUUUAUUAAAACUGCCAAAGAAGCAUUUAGUAUCCAUAUCAUUCCAAUUGAAGAACAACAUUCGGAAUUUUCCUGUCCAGAUAUAGUUAUUUUAAAAUUAAAAAAGCUGUAAAUUUACUCAAUUUAUAUAUUUUGAUAUAUAAUUAACUUUUACAUCCAUAAUUUAAAAAACAACAAAAUAAAAACAUAUCUACU